UUUUAACCAACGAGAUCUGUUAACAACGAUAAACUCUUGCGACCUCUCCUGUGGGUCAGUUUAAAUGUUGAAAUUAAUAAAACUGGUAAUGUGUUAAACAAAUCAAUGAAAAGGACAGAAAGCUAGUACGCAGAAAAUACUUAAGUAAAAAAUGUGCAAUGCAGGAACUAUAUUACAGGUCAUUUGUUUAAGCUUUGUCGUUAUUCAAGUAGUUGAAGGUAUCGAUUUUUCUCCAAGCAGUAACUAUACAAGAGUACGUCGCCAAGCCAAUCGGGGAAAUUGCCAAGAAUCAAAUUUCGCCUGUAAAUCUGGUGAAUGUAUCCACGAAGACAAAGAGUGCGAUGGUGCCGUCGACUGCGCUGACGCUAGUGACGAGAGUGAUGCUUGUCGCAGAUUAAGAUGUCCUGGGUUCGUGUUCACUUGUGAUUACGGCGCCUGCAUCAACAAAAAUUUGGAAUGUGAUGGUAAGGCAGACUGCCGGGAUGGUUCCGAUGAAAAUACAUUCAACUGUAGGACAACCUAUCAGGUGACUCCAGAAUGCAGAACGGGUGAGUUUAAGUGUAGGUCGGGUCAGUGCAUCGACCAAGAUUAUGCAUGCGAUGGUAGAGCGGAAUGUGAUGACCAGUCAGAUGAAACUGAAGCUGCCUGUUGGCACAUAAAGUGUCCAAGAUUCACUUACCAAUGCAAGUAUGGAGCAUGUGCUAAUAGCAAUGCUGAGUGCAAUGGAAUUGUUGAAUGUUUCGACGGGUCGGAUGAAGAUCCCAACAUUUGUGCCAUAACUCCAGUGAAACCACCCCUACCUCCAGGAGUCAAGGGUAGCUGCGUUUUGCCACAAUUUCCAGAAUUUGGAAAAUGGACGAUUGUAUCACCAAACUCUGCUAGAUUUUCACCAGGAAUGCCAGUAGAUACAGGAACGAUUUUAGAAGUGGAAUGUCAAGACAGAUACAAAUCAGACGGUCAAAAGGUGGUAUAUUGCAACAAUGGCACAUGGUCUUCCAACAUCGCGCGAUGUUUAAAAGCGUGUAAACCUAGAAUAAGCUCCUCAACUGUACGUGUAACUUGUAUGUACAAAAACAAAGAAACGGAGAAUUGUACGGAUGCUAUUGAAGGUACUCUUGCGAAGUUUAAGUGUGCUCCACACUAUGAAGACCCUGCGCUGAGAACUAAACCUGUACAUAUUUGUCAAAAUGGUGAAUGGGAUCAACCCGAACCUCACUGUGUACCAGGUGGUCAGAUUCCUAUCGUAAUUAAUGUAUACGUAAAUGUUAAUAUGGUACCUAAUAGUAGUAGCUCAAUUGACUCGGACCGUGUUGCCUUUCCCUAAUAUGUAGAAACGUUUAAAUAAAUAAUGUGCAUUUA